CAGUUAUAGGUUAUGUUCCUGUCAAAAAAUAUAACCUAUAACUAAAAUCCUUUUAGAUUAGUAUUACAGAAAAGUAUCUUUGAUUUUAAUCACCGUUUAUUGCUUAUUUAAUGUAUUAAAAAUAUAUUGUCUUUAUAAGUAAGCUAAAAAACGGUGAAAAAAUCAUGAAUGCUUUUCAGAAAUGUCGAAACACCUCGGAUGUGGAGCCCCUUUACCUCCCACAGCAGUUAUUUUUAAAGCCCUUAGCCCAAAUAACGGUUACAGUGAAAUUACCUGAAAAAUUAGUGGGAAAAACGAUUUCGAAUUGGGAUUUAAUGGAGAAGAUUAAGGAGUUGAUCAAACCGGAUGAAUUCGCUUUAUUAAAAGUUUCUAAAAGCACUCUGGAAUACAUAAAAUUCGACGGAGAUUUAGACGACAGGAAUAAAAUAGAAAGUAUAGUGGUUAAGCUGCAUAAUAAAAUGAUCAAAUUGAAGGAGUUCAAUCAUUUAUUUAUGAUAAAAGCGUUCGAAACGAAACAAGAAUUCCCAAAUCAACACAUUUGGGAUUCCUUUUUUAGGGAAGCUAAAGAUAUGGAUGAAAGAAAACCGGGGGAGCGCCCAGAUACGCUUCAUAUUUCCAACUUACCCAUACGUUGGUUUUUAUUAAACCACUCCGACGAUGACCCCAAGCCAUCGGAGAAGAUUUUAAAACGAAUUUUCGAAAAAUUUGGUCGCAUACGAAACGUUGAUAUCCCCAUUUGUGACCCAUACAGGAAGCAGAUGAAAUCGUAUAUGUCGGGGCUUUUAACUUUUAGUUUUGAUGAAAAAGAUUUUUUCGAGGCGUAUAUCCAAUUUAAAGAUUACCAAGGAUUCGUUAAAGCCAUGGAUAGUUUGCGAGGAAUGAAGCUUUUACAUAAAGAUGAAGACGCUUUUGAGAAUUACGCCGUUUCUAUCAAAGUAGAUUUUGAUAAAACUAAACACAUGACCGAAGCGGCUAUUAAAAGGAGAGAAAUCGUCCGCGAGAGGCUAAUUAAGCGCCAAAAACAGAAGGAGGACAAAGAGAAAUAUGAGAGCAGGUUAAAAAUGAAAGAUGCUGAAGAGGAAAGAAAGAAAGAACGCUCAUUAAAGGAAGAAAAAGAAAAAAGGAGGCGUCAACGCGAGGAGAAGCGAAAAGCAAAGAUUUUGGAGCAGCUCAAAAACAGCGAAGCGGAUGAGAUUAACGCAAAAAUAGCUAAAGAAGAGAAAAAGUUGUUGAAAGCACAAAGAAAAUUAGAAGCAAUAAGAUUAGUUGAAGAAUUAUUUCGCAGAAUCAAAGUUAAACAUGAAGAUGAGUUAACACCGUUUGAAAAGAAUAAAAACUCAGUUACUGAAUUAAGCAAAUACAAAUUAUCAUCAGAAAAAGAACACCAAGAACAAAGAAACAAACUCCACAAAAUCAUCGAAAGCCGCGUCGUUUUAAAAACAGUUCUCAAUAAAUCCAUUAAAGACACCCCCCAUCUCUCAGACUCCGAUACAUCCCUCUCCCCAGAUGAAUCCCCCCCAAAAAAGCGAAUCACAACCAUCGAAAACCCCCCAGAACAACCAUAUCAUUUUCUCCCUUACAUCCCCCCAAUUUACCCCGAUGUACGAACUCUCCAAUACUACUCUUAUCUCCCGCGAAGACCCCAAAGAGGGGGUCAAGGACCAUCACGUUCUUACAGAAAUUUUCGGCAACGUGGUCGAAAUCGCAAUCUUUUUUAUCCGCCGGAGGUUCAAGACCAAUAUCAAAGAUAUUUUAAUAAAUUUUUAAGGCGAAGCUCUAAGUCGAGGAGUUAUUCGAGAAGUCGAUCCAGAUCGAGAUCGAGGAAACGAUCGAGGAGGAGUUAUAGUAGAUCUAGAAGGAGUUAUACUCCUAGGAGGAGUUAUUCGAAAGAAGGCAGAUCGAGGAGUACCGAAAGGACGAAAAGUCGGAGUGUUUCGAGGGAACGCAGAAGGAGGAGGUCGAAUUCUCGUAGAUCAACUAGUGUGGAUAGUUCGAAGUUUGUGUCGCCGAAAAGUUUGAAAAUUAUGAAAGAGAAAAUGUCUGAGUGGUCAAGAACACCUUCUCCAAGAAAAUAAUUAUAACAAAAAAUUAUUAUUUUAGAUUUUAAGAAGAAAGAAGAA